GUGGCGAGAGCGCAGCAGACGCGCCGCGCAGCCGGCGGGGACCGAGCGGGCACCUCGGUCUCCCUCCCCCCCUGGCCUGGCCUCGCCGCCUUCUCCCCGCAGCCGGACCGGAACUAUGUGAUCCCGGAAGUUCCGGGGCCAUUGCUGUGUGGGAUAAACAGUAAUGGCGGAGGCUGCAGCUCCCGGAACAACAGCCACCACAUCGGGAGCGGCAGCGGCGGCGGCGGCCUCCCCCACACCUCUCGCCGCAGUCACCGCCCCGUCCCCGGGGGCGGGAGGAGGGGGCGGCGGCAGCGACGGCAGCGGCAGCGGCAGCGGCUGGACGAAACAGGUCACCUGCAGGUAUUUUAUGCAUGGAGUUUGUAAAGAAGGAGAUAACUGUCGUUACUCGCAUGACCUGUCUGACAGCCCCUACGGUGUAAAGUGCAAGUAUUUUCAGCGAGGGUACUGUAUUUAUGGAGACCGCUGCAGAUAUGAACAUAGCAAGCCACUGAAACAGGAAGAAGUGACUACUACAGAUCUAACUGCAAAGUCAUCCCUCGCUGCUUCCUCAACUCUCUCAUCAGAAGUUGGACCUCUUGUCGAAAUGAAUACAGGAGAAGCUGAGUCAAGAAAUUCAAACUUUGCAACUAUAGGAGCAGGUUCAGAGGACUGGGUGAAUGCCAUCGAGUUUGUUCCCGGGCAACCCUACUGUGGCCGUACUGCCCCUUCCUGCACUGAAGCACCCCUGCAGGGCUCAGUGACCAAGGAAGAAUUAGAGAAAGAGCAAACCGCUGUGGAAACAAAGAAGCAGCUUUGCCCCUAUGCUGCAGUGGGAGAGUGUCGAUAUGGGGAGAACUGUGUGUAUCUCCAUGGAGAUGCAUGUGACAUGUGUGGGCUGCAGGUCCUACAUCCAAUGGAUGCUGCUCAGAGAUCACAACAUAUAAAAUCUUGCAUUGAGGCCCAUGAGAAGGACAUGGAGCUCUCAUUUGCCGUGCAGCGCAGCAAGGACAUGGUGUGUGGGAUCUGCAUGGAGGUGGUCUAUGAGAAAGCCAACCCCAGUGAGCGCCGCUUUGGGAUCCUCUCCAACUGCAACCACACCUACUGUCUCAAGUGUAUUCGCAAGUGGAGGAGUGCUAAGCAAUUUGAGAGCAAGAUCAUAAAGUCCUGCCCAGAAUGCCGGAUCACAUCUAACUUUGUCAUUCCAAGUGAGUACUGGGUGGAGGAGAAAGAAGAGAAGCAGAAACUCAUUCAGAAAUACAAGGAGGCAAUGAGCAACAAGGCGUGCAGGUAUUUUGAUGAAGGACGUGGGAGCUGCCCAUUUGGAGGGAACUGUUUUUACAAGCAUGCGUACCCUGAUGGCCGUAGAGAGGAGCCACAGAGACAGAAAGUGGGAACAUCAAGCAGAUACCGGGCCCAACGAAGGAACCACUUCUGGGAGUUCAUUGAGGAAAGAGAAAACAGCAACCCCUUUGACAACGAUGAAGAAGAGGUUGUCACCUUUGAGCUGGGCGAGAUGUUGCUUAUGCUUUUGGCUGCAGGUGGGGACGACGAAUUGACAGACUCUGAAGACGAGUGGGACUUAUUUCAUGAUGAGCUGGAAGAUUUUUAUGACUUGGAUCUAUAGCAGCUUUGCGUGGCGUGUGAACUGGUCUGCUGAGCCUCAGACAGUAGCUGUCCCCUGUGGUGGUGUGGCGGUGCCUGUGUUCUCUCCUAGGCAGGCCUAUCAAACUCCAGGUGCUGUCAUAAUAACUUCUACCCAGGGCCUUCUCCAUCCUUCACCUUUCCCCAAGGAGUGUGUUUUCUCUGUUUAAAAAAGUUACAAAAAUAAAUCUUAAAGUUAGUUUUUUUGUAACAUGAAUUGACUGUCAGACAGUUAGUGUAGGUUUGUUGCAUCAUCUGUUUGCAACCAGAUUGUGUUUAUGGACUUUCCACACUCAUUUAUUUUGAGGACUCCAGGUUCAAAAGUAAAAUCUCUGGCCCUGUUUUGGGGUUCCAGAGUAGGGGUGAUGGGUGAAGGGACCUGAGCUGGCAAGUAGCCUUCUGCUCUAGACGUAGGAGGUGGAUCCUCAAGUUUUCUGGUGAAAUCUGCACAUCUGUGUUUUUAUAUCUGUUCCCUACCCUGUCAUCCCCACCACGUGCACUUGUUCUGUGGUUUUGGUCUUUUGUCUAAUUGCACACAAGAAAUACUACUGGGUAACCAGAACCAGGUGUGAAUGUGUUUGAGAUUUUUACUAUGUUUAGCAUGAUAGGAAACUUGUGAAAGAACACACAUAAGAGAUACAGUGGCAUACAAUUAAAACCAAUGCAUAGUUGGAAGUUGACUCCCAAGGGCUGUUAGACCUGGUGUGUGAGAGUGAGUGUGAGAUAUGCCUCAUCCCUGCAUAGAUGCAGUAUUCGUAGCCUUAGUGGAAAAGCUUGGUUUAGUGGUUUCAGCCCCGUGUGGCAGAUAGAUCUAAGGACAAGCAGUAUAUUUGUAGUUGUUAAUAUAUAGCAGUGCUAGCUCUAUCUGUAUAAAUAGAGAAAUGGGGUUAGCCAUAGAGGUUUAAACCAUCUGGUUAUCCCAUAUAUUAAUACAAACUGGGUCUAGGAUACGCAGUUGUAUUUAAUGUUUUAUGAUCUAGCAUUUCCAGUCCAGGCACUUUUCGAAAUCUGUCCUCAUCUGAGGGGUUUUGUUGUCAGGUUUUUGUGUUUGUUUUUGUGGGUAUUUGCCUCAUUCCACCCCUGAGCUUUGCAGGUAGACAGAUGUGAUUCAAAACUAUGUUCUGAGGUGUUUAUUGUGGUGGAGUAAUUGGUUUGCAGUAACAAGUUACACAUGUCCACUAAAGGGGAGGGGAGGGGGUAGCAGUCCAGGAGACAAGCUGAAGUUCAGUUGUUAGAAGAAUCCCUUGAUCGGAAAUUUUCCCUUUGCAUUUUUGUUGCUGUUUCCUGAAAAAUCACUUGGAGAUGCUCCUGAUUUGUUCAUCUACUGCUCUCAUUCUUUGGUUCCCACUCAUUCUUUCACUUUAAGAAAAAAACUAGUAAUUGUUGCAGAGGUCUCUGUAUUUUGCAGCCGCCCUUUUGUAAGAAGCACUUUUCCCAAAUAAAACAUUAAAAAAAAAAAAAAGUUGGCUUUCUGUUUUGUGUAACGCUGUUUUGAAAUGUGCAGAUGUCAAAGAAUAUAUAUGUUUCUUUUGUUGACUCUGAUCAGUUCCUCCGUGAGUCAGAUUUCCAUGGUUACAGUUUCGUUGAGAAAAGUGACACCUUUUACAAGACAUCUGGCUUGCUGAGAAAUGUUUGAGAGAAACAAAAAGAGGGAAAGUGGUCAGCUGGGAUCAUCAAACUAUUGUGUAUUUCAGUAUUGGCAAGACUAAUUCGGCGGCCUCGAUCAGUGAAAGGCACUGUCGGUUUUCUGUUACCAUGCACUUGUAGUUGAACCUGCUUCGUGCCCUUAAAUAAGUCAGGUGUAGGUCACAGCAUAAUUGUAUUUUGCAAGGGUAUUUUUCU